ACCCUGCAGAUCAGCAGCGAGUCCCCCAGAUAAACGAAGGGGCCAAAUCGGCCCCGUGUAACAGGACAGCUGCCGCUCCAUGACUAAUAUCAUGGAGGUGGUUGUGUUGAAAGCGAACGGAAUUGCGCACGGUGGACUGAUUCAGCACCAUGGAUGACAGGUAUCAUAAGGCGGCCAGGGACGGCUACCUGGACCUGCUGAAGGAGGCGACAAGGAAAGAUCUGAACGCGCCGGAUGAGGAUGGCAUGACUCCGACAUUAUGGGCGGCUUACCACGGCAACCUGGAAGCUCUGCGGCUGAUCGUGGCCAGGGGAGGCAACCCAGACAAGUGUGACAUAUGGGGGAACACGCCACUCCACUUAGCAGCUGCAAAUGGUCACCUUGACUGCCUUUUCUUCCUUGUGUCCUACGGUGCCAACAUAUGGUGCCUGGACAAUGACUACCACACACCCCUGGACAUGGCCGCCACCAAGAACCACAUGGAUUGUGUCCGCUACCUGGACUCUAUUGCUGCCAAGCAGACCAGCCUUAAUACAAAAAUGAUCACCAAACUAAAGGACCGAGCAUUUCGUGAUGCUGAGCGACGGAUCAAGGAGUGCGCAAAGAUGCAGAAGAAACACCGCAAGCGCAUGGAGAGAAAGUUUCAUAAAGAGGUCUCCGAAGCUUCCGCUUCAGAUGUCAUGAGCUUUUCCAGUUACACUGGCAGCUCAGUUAGCCACAAGCUACGCAACUUCAGCGCAGCCACUGUCAGUGUGCCAUAUUCUCAGGCAACUCUCCAUGCCACAAACCGAGGGAAGACAAAGAUUCAAAAGAAGCUGGAGAAGAGAAAACAAGGAGAUGGGACUUUUAAGAUUUACGAAGAUGGAAGAAAGAGUGUGCGCUCCCUUUCUGGACUUCAGUUAGGAAAUGAUGUCAUGUUUGUUAAACAGGGGACGUACAUCAACCCAAAAGAUAGAGGGCGCCGAAAUAUACGUGAUAUGUUUCCUGGAAAUAAUGAAGAUGCAAUUUCUCGUGCCAUCAGUGAGCCAAACCUUCACAGGUCAGAUGUGGAUUACUCUGAGAUCAGCACAGACUCUGGACAUGAUUCCCUAUUUAAUCGGCCAGGUCUCGGCACCAUGGUCUUUAGAAGGAACUACGUCAGCGGAGGCAUGUUUAACCUCAAUGCUCAAGAAACAACUGGAUCAGGAAAUAAUGUGCGUUUGCGUAGUCGGUUGCAGCAUUACCCGAGUAUAGACAAAGACAGCAUUGGAAGUGCACAAAGCCUGCAGGAAAGAAACAUGGAAGAGUUGCCUUGGGAAGAAGUUGAAAUAGGGCUGGACGAUGACGAUGAGCCUGAUACAAGCCCUCUGGAGGUCUUUCUUGCCACUCUGAGCAUGAGCGAGUUCUAUUCUAUCUUCAAAAGAGAAAAGAUUGAUUUAGAAGCUCUUCUGCUUUGUACUGACCGAGACCUUAGGAGCAUUCAUAUCCCUUUAGGGCCAAGAAAAAAGAUUAUGGAUGCCUGUCAGAGACGAAUGGAGACCAUAGAGGACCCCGACUCCAUUGAGGACACGGAAUUGUAAUGAGAGCGAUGGAUGUUCACUCUACUGCAAAAUGGGGCUAUAUGGAAUCAAUCUGAUAAAAAGACUAAGAAGGAAUUAACAGCUUUUGAAGCAAAAGGAAAUAAGUGGAACAUUUUUUUUUUGCAAUUUCACAGUAUACCAUUCUGUAUAUACUGAGAUAUUGAGUCUAAAUCAAUUCCCCUUUGGGUUUAAUCCACCCACUUUAUGUGCCUCUAUUGUUUGUGCCUGUCCACUUGCUUUAAAAAGGCAAUGUUAAUAUGUUUAAAAUUAUGUGCAUAGACAAAAACCUCAUGUUAGAAUAUUAUACAUUUUCAAGCAUUUACGUUUUUAACACGAUAUGUUUACACACAGAAUGCCAUGUUUGUCUAAAUAUACUUUAGAGGUAAUAAAGGGCCAAAUGUCUAAAAAGACCUCUGCAUUUUAAUGUGGAAUAUGUGAUAUACGUAUGUCCUUUUUAAAG